AUGUACUCUCAUUUCUGGUACGAUGCUCCUGCUUCUAGACUAGCUACCUAUUACAUCAAACAGAAUGCACCAGUUUUUCUCUAUUCUUUUGAUCAUAUCAGCGAAAACUUCUACAGUCUUAAUCGGGCAUUUCACGGUGCAGACAAGCUUCACUUAUUCAACAUCACUCCUCGUUUUCUCAUUAGGCGCCGUGAUAGGAACUGGCAGCUCGAUCAGAGAGUCGUCGAAAUUUUUGCCGAGCUCAUCGUGAACUUUGCACGUCAUGGGUUUGUCCAUUUAAGAAAUGGUUGUUACGGUCUUGUCCGCUGUGGAUGA